AUGAGGCCACCGCUCGUCGCCUGCCUCGUCAUCCUCCUUCUCUCCGCAGCGGCGGCACCGCCGGCCGGCGGCAUCUGCGUGCCGCGCAAGCCCGGCGCGGGCGGCAAGGUCGGCCCUCUCCCUUCGCCGGCCAAGCCGACGCCGCCGCAAUCGAAGCCGACGUCGCCGAAGGCCACGCCGGUCGCCCCCGGCGGCGACAUCGUGAAGGCCCUGUGCGCCAAAACGGACUACCCAGACGUGUGCCUCGCUGCCAUCGGCAAGCAGCCCCCGCCCGCAGGGAAGAAGCUGGACGGGCCCGGCGUGCUGGAGAUGGCCAUGGCCGCGGUGCGCGCCAAGGCGGCGGAGGCCAAGAAGGCGGCGGAAGCGCUCAUCGCCGACCCCAAGACGCCGAAGCUAGCGGUGGGCCCGCUCCGCGACUGCGCCGACUCGUAUGACGACAUCCCCUACAGUCUCGACCACGCAGCGAAGGCCAUAGCCGCCACCGACAAGGACACCACCGGCACCAUGCUCGACACCUGCCGCACCGACGUAGACACGUGCGACCAGGGCUUCGAGGACCGCGAGGAGCUCCCGCGGCUCAUGUCCAAGUACGACUCCGAGCUCGCCAAGCUCGCCAGCAACUGCCUCGCCAUCGGCCAAGCCGUGGGCCUCCACCCGGGCCAGUCCUGA